AUGCUUGAAGCGAGCUGUCACCUUAGCGGCGGCAAAAUUGUUUAUAUCGAUACUCUUGAAGUUUGUUUGAGUGUAAUGACAAGUUUCAAUACAAUCACUGAUACAGGGACCAUGUUGGAGGGUUUAGUGGCAACAUCUUCAGACGAUGGAUAUGGAAGUGAUAGUGUGAGCUCCACAUCUUUUCUUCCAAUGACCCAAGAACAAAAAGAAUGGCUCAUAGCUAUUGUUGAUUGCGACCAACCGAAAAUGACAAGCAUGUUGAAUAAGCAUCCUGAAUUAGCUGGAUGGAAGACUAACAUCAAUGGAUAUACUGCACUACAUUAUGCAGUUAAAUUUGGUGACUGUGCUAUCAUUCGGCUACUACUCGGAAAUUAUCAAGUUCCUGUCGACGCUCAAACUUACGAAGGUACUACUGCAUUACACUUAGCUGCCGCCAGUGGUAAUGAAGAUGUUAUAGUUCUGUUAACUUCCAUGUAUAAAGCAAACCCUGGUAUACGAGAUUUCUGUGGUCGGCUACCAAGUGCAUAUCUUCCCAAAGAAAAGGAAGCCUUAGCAAAAUACUUUCCGAACCCCUUGCGAACAUUGCUGCAGAAUCGCAGUAAUAAUCUAUAUUUGUUGAUGAUUCAACCAGAAAUAAACAAUACUCACACCAACACAGCCUCCUGUGACGAGAACAGUGAUGAUCACAGUGAAUCAGGAUCACUACUAAAUCUGCCAAAUUCAACUUCUUUACCAAUUACUCCCCAAUUCCCAUGGAAUCAAACCAAUCAAAAUCACAUAGAAGACUUACGUCGGGGAUUUCCUUUUACGCGAAUUAUAGGCUCCCGACAAGGAGGACGUGAUUCUUCCAGGGAUAGAUAUCACAACAGAUAUCCACUAUUUGGCUUAACGAACAAGAUGCCUCUUUCUUCUGGAGACAUGAAAGUUUUGAAUAUGAAUUUUAAGCGUCCCUCAAUGAAAAUAAGGUGUGAUAGUCCUAAAAGAAAUCUCGAUUCAAACUUCAAUUACAGUGAUGUAGAACUAAUCAACAACAUCUACUCACUUAUUCGUCAUAAACAUCAAAUACCAUCGCUUUACAAUCCACUGAGUCCUGAAAGCGCUAAAGCAACGGAUUGUAAUCAAAGAAGUGCAUGCCGCUUAGCUCCAUCUAGCUUGCGUUCAACUGUUGGUCGACACUGGAAACGUAAUGCACACAGUGCAUAUGGAAGUUUGAGAAACACGACAUUAAACCUAUCCGGUUCUACAAACACUAUUGACAGUGACGACUUUACAGACCCACCGACUCCAACAAAUGAAUCGAAUUCAGAACAGUAA